AUGAUUUCUGUAAUCAUCCAGAUGUUGUCUGUUAUGCAGCAUCUCCUCUCAAUGCUGGGUCUGCUAUCAAUCAAGAAGGAUUUCCGAAAGAUUACUGCGGAAAUCAGAAAAACUGGAUCUGGUGAACUUCCUCCUCAAGAAAGGUACAUCCACUUUGACAAUAUGAAGGAAAUUACUUUGAGCGACCCUAGUUUCUUCCCAUCCAUGUUGAUGGAGACAGACCAUGUUGUUGACGAAGUUGUUGCUGAAGCCGUGAUCAGCAUCUGCUAUUAUGAUGACACAGAACCAGUGUUGACAACUGGGACCAGAAGAACCAUGCCAUCUGAGCUCCAGCAAGCCUUCCUGAAAAACUCAAGAAGCCAAAAUGACAUCAUGGCAUCCAUGCACAAGCUUCUCAGUACCAGGUACCAAAUAUUUGAAGAGCUAUAUGAAGAUACUCUUCAGCAGUAUAGACUGGAUGUGACAGCACCUCAAGAAGCAAGACGUUUGGAUUGGGAGAGUAGAGAGCUGAUUGCAACAUGUGAAUAUAAUAGACGAGUUAUAGCUGAUGAGAGAGAGGAAGAGUUAAGAAGGUCUCUAUUAGAAAUAUUUUCUAGAUGUAAAAGAUCAAGAAGUCCAUUAUCUUCCCUCACUCAUAUAAAUGAGUGA